AACCAUUUGGAUUAAUUUUAUUCCCACCUGGAAUUGUUGGAUUAAUAUUCUGUGCAAUUAUGGAUAAAGUAAACUACAGCAAAUGUCCCUUGAAAAAGAGACCCAUUAUGAUGAGCAGUGAUAUUGUUAUGGAUAAUGACUCCUCAUUAGAUCAUGAUGAAGGUCCUGUGGACUUAAGCAAAGCCUCAUCAUGUGCCAUUUCCCCCACUUGGACUAAACUAGAGCAAGAUGAUAAAAUUGCGGUGUCUGCUUUAGAUUUACAAACUAAAUUUAAUGGUCAGAGCAAAGACGAUUUAGCUCGCCGCAUUUGGGAAGAGACCAGAGAAAUUGCUCGCGCUUUCCCGGAUGUAUUUACACGCGAAGAAAUUGCCCGCAGUUUAGCCAGACUAGGUUAUGGUGAUUAUCCUUUGCCAGCUGAAGAGCACAUCAAUGAAAACGAUACUUGUGAGAGAGUACAAAAUAUUACACCCUCUCCUCCCUUACCAAGUGCUGAAAGUUUUUAUGCUGCCGCUAUUAAAUCUGAACCUAUAGAUACUACUUUUGAGGAGGAAACUACUACACCCAUGAGAAAUUUCAAUAACAAUUUAAUGAAAAGCAUUGCCGAAUAUGAAGACUGUUUGAAGCCUCAAAAUUUUUCGCGAGAAACUUCUCCCAAAAUGUUACAAGACAGUGAGCCUUAUGUGAAACCGAAACCCAAUUUUGAGCCCGAAGACUUAAGUUUGCGUGCAAAUAAAAAGGUUUUGGGAGAAAACACCAAUUUACACAAUGUGGCUAAAGCUUUGCUGGGUUUACAGAACUUUAAACCAGAAGAAAAGUCAGCAAAGUCCAGAAGUGAAAAUGUGAAGCCUAAUGUUAAUUUGGGUUUGAAACUGAAAACCAACAAUGAUUUGUAUUAUCAAUGCCAGCAAUGCAACAAUUGUUACUCCACCUAUGCGGGUUUGGUUAAACAUCAACAAAGUCAUGCCUUUGAAAGCACAGAAUACAAAAUUAUACGCAGUAAUCCAGAAGGUGGAGCCACCACACAUGAUUCCACUGAGUUUACCACCGAUCAGGCAGCUGCCUUGAUACAGGCCUCUGCUUUGGCUUCUUCUCAGUCCAUGCAGAAGCCAGUAGGAGUGCCUCGCUAUCACUGCAAUGAUUGUGGCAAAUCGUAUUCAACAUUUUCGGGUCUCACCAAACAUCAGCAAUUCCAUUGCCCAGCUGCUGAAGGCAAUCAGGUGAAGAAGGUCUUCAAUUGCAAGAACUGUGACAAGACUUAUGUAUCCUUGGGAGCCUUAAAAAUGCACAUACGUACACACACUCUACCCUGCAAAUGUCCCAUAUGUGGCAAAGCCUUCUCACGUCCCUGGCUUUUGCAAGGUCACAUACGCACUCAUACCGGAGAGAAACCCUUUAGCUGCCAGCACUGUAAUAGAGCUUUUGCUGAUCGCUCAAAUUUGAGAGCUCACAUGCAAACACACUCUGAUGUCAAGAAGUAUUCCUGUCCUUCGUGCACCAAAUCUUUUUCACGCAUGUCUUUACUAGGCAAACAUUUACAAAGUGGCUGCCAAUCAUCUCCCACUUCACAAGCUUCCAAAUCACCUCCUUUAGAUUCGGUCACAGGUUUCAAUCACCAACAAUUGCAACAGCAUUUACAAGUUUUGCAAAAUAAAUAUUCCGGCACCGGUUACGAUGAAAAUAUUCAUCCCUCACAUAUGCAACAAAAUCAACAGAGAAUUUAUUAUGCCGGCAGUGUAGAGUCAAGCGAGAAUGAUACCGAGGAAGAUUAUACCAUGCAAAAUGUUCAUCCACAUCCUCUCAUUGAACAAAUGAGUGAUUAUUAAUUAUAGGAAAUUAAAGAUUUUAGUAAGUAAGUGUAAAAAAGUGUAAAUUUCUUCAAAAAGACAUACAAAUCCCAGUUAAUUUAGUUUGUUAAGCAGUUUUAGUAUUAUGUUAUUAUAAGUAAUGUUAGGAGUUUUAUUUAAUUGUCCUUCUGUUUCUCGUGUUUAUACCAAAAAUUAUUAAAACCACAGUCUAGUUUAUUUAACCAAAGUUAGCUUAGCUUAUAACUGAAACCAAAGUUGGCACAGCUUAAAAUUCUCAUUUAGUUUAGUUUAGGAAAACAUACCAAAUCAUUUGCAACUCAUUCUAGUUAGGAAAACCAAAGUUAGCUUAGCUUAAUCUAUAGUUAAACUUAUCAUAACCAAAGUAUUUUGUAAAUCAGUCUAGUUAGUUUAAACCAAAAAUAGCUUAGCUUAGUUAUAGCAUUAAGUUUAGAGUUACCAAAGUUA